AUGACGACCACACGCCGAAGCGUUUACAUCAACCACGAGGCGGGACCCAUCAACCCUACCUCCGAUGCAUCCCUCGCACAGGCAUUUCACCAGCAGCUGCCCGGCUUCGCCAGAACCCCUCUCGUUUCUCUCGAGGAUAUCGCCCAGGAACUAGGCGUGAAAGCCGUCUACAUAAAAGACGAGAGCAACAGACUAGGACUGCCAUCCUUCAAGAUCCUGGGCGCAUCAUGGGGAACGUUCCGCGCCGUCACGACUGAUCUACACUUGCCCGCCGACACGCCCCUCAACGACGUUGCAAAGGCUGCCCAAACGAGUCAACUCUCCCUCUACGCAGCUACGGAGGGCAAUCACGGUAGAGCCGUUGCGGCCAUGGCCAAGAUUCUAGGCAUCCCUGCGCACAUCUACGUUCCCAGCAGCGUCGACAGUGAGGCAGUCACCAACAUUGCCUCCGAGGGCGCCAAAGUCAUCGUGAGCAACUCCCACUAUGACGACGCUGUCAUGGAAGCGUGGCAAGCGUCAAAGUCGGUAAAGGGCGGGCUUCUGAUUCAAGAUAAUGCGUUCGCGGGGUACGAGCAGAUUCCUGCCUGGAUCGUCGAGGGCUACUCCACCCUCGUUCGCGAGGCCGAGCAACAGGUGGCCGACCACGGGCUGAAGCCGAGUUUGAUGGUGACCCCAGUCGGCGUUGGAUCUCUGGCGCAUGCCGUCGUCUCUCACUGCAAGUCUGAUGGACGAGGUUGCGCAGUCCUUUCAGUCGAGCCCGAUACCGCUCCGUGUCUUUGGACGAGUCUGAAAGGGGGCAAACCAGUGACGGUUCAUACCUCGAGAACCAUCAUGGAAGGGCUCAACUGCGGUACUGUCUCUCUGACUGCGUUUGAUGAUCUUCGUGUAGGCAUUGAUGCCAGCGCUACAGUCUCGGAUUUCGAAGCCCAUAAAGCCGUGAAGUAUCUCCAGACGAAGGGAGUCAAGAGCGGGCCGUGUGGUGGUGCCACCGUCGCAGCGCUCCGCCGGCUUGCCCAAGUAAACCCGCGGCCAGCCUGUCUUUCCAAAGACGCCGUCGUGGUGUUACUAAACACAGAGGGCCCACGGAACUACAAGAUCCCCUUGGAUGUGUCCACCGAUGACCCCGUUACGCUGACACAGAUCCUCACGUCCAUCGAUUCUUCCAACCCCGACCUGUCCAAGGCUUCAGGUGUCGGGGAAGGCGAGAUUGCCCACUACAUUUCCGCAUGGCUGCAACAUCGCAACUUCGAAGCGCACUGGUUGGAAGAGACGCAAGGCCGACCUUCCGUAGUCGGUGUGCUCCGCGGGACAGGAGAGGGAAAGUCCAUCAUGCUCAACGGUCAUGUUGACACCGUCAGUCUUUCAAGUUACUCGCCAGACCUGGACCCUUUGAGCGGAGAACUCAAGGAGGACGAAGGAGGACGGAUCUAUGGUCGUGGAAGCGCGGACAUGAAGGCCGGGUUGGCAGCUGCCAUGGCGGCAAUGGCUCGAUGCAGCUCUACAUCACGCCCUUCUCUCCGGGGCGAUGUCAUCCUCGCCGCUGUCGCCGACGAGGAGAACUUCUCCAUAGGCACAGAAGAGGUCAUCAGGGCUGGAUGGAGAGCCGAUGCCGCCAUCAUACCAGAACCAACCAACCAGGAGAUGGCGAUCUCUCAUAAAGGAUUUAUCUGGAUUGAAAUUGAUAUCCUCGGCGUUGCGGCCCAUGGAUCUAGGCCCGAGGAUGGCGUGGAUGCCAUCUUGCUCGCUGGUGCUGUGCAGACGGCACUUCUGGAGUACUCAAAGGCACUACCUUCCGAUCCUCUGCUGGGAAAGGCAUCUUUGCAUGCAGGCCUCAUUCAGGGCGGCGUGGAACCUUCCAGCUAUCCGGAGCGCUGCACUUUGACCAUUGAGUUUCGAACCAUUCCGGCACAAACUACGCAGAGUAUUCUUGAAGACGUCGGGAGCAUCUUAACCAGUAUCGCCAAGUCCAACCCGGAUUUCAAGUAUGCUGCUCCACGAAUGACCUUUUCGCAGCCUCCGCUUGGGCAGAGCCCGGACGGUGAGUUUAUCAAGACCUUCAUCUCUGCUGCCUCGAAGUGUCUGGAUGAAGAGCAAAAGCCUGUUGCGUGUUCUUUCUGGUGCGACGCUGCGUUGUUGAACGAGAUCGGUAUCCCAUCGGUUGUGUAUGGCCCCAGGAGUUUUGGGAUCCACGGCAAGGAGGAAUGGGUGAGCGUACCGAGCAUUCGGGAGUUGGCAUCGGUAAUAGAGACCGUGAUUCAAGACUUUUGCGCUUAG